GUCCUCCUGUGUUUUGUUGCUGUCACAUUAAUGGGGGUAUGAGGAGAGAGUCAAUCAUCAUGGCUGCUUCCUUGGUACGAUGGCUAAAAAGACUGUACGUUUUCUUGUUGAUAUGCCCCCUCUGUGUCCCGGCCUUCUUGAAUUUGGAGGAACUGAACGAGAUGAAAUAUGGGAUCCAAAUUCUUCCCGACCCUGUCAUCCUGGGGCAGACCAAGACAGAGGAGGUUAUGAUGGUGUCCAGUAAAUACAAGCAGCUGUAUGAGUGUCGACUUCCAGCUCAGGCUGUCCGUUUUCAUCAGGACCCUGCCUCCGAGCCGGACUCACAGGGUUACACUGGACCAGACAUCCCAGACCUGCUCAAUCCAAUGCACAAUGCCCCAUGUCUAGUGAAGACGAAGGACUGGUGGACAUAUGAGUUCUGUCAUGGUCAGCAUAUCAGACAGUACCACCUUGAAGACACAGAAAUCAAAGGGGACAUUCUGUUUCUUGGUUAUUAUGAGUCUGAAUUUGAUUGGAACAAUGAAACAGCAAAGGCCUCCAAACAGCACAGGCUGAAGCGCUACCACAGUCAGACCUAUGUAAAUGGAUCCAAAUGUGACUUAAAUGGAAAUCCCAGAGAGACAGAAGUCCGGUUUGUAUGUGAAGAGGGUUCAGGUGACUACAUCGCCAGAGUGGAUGAGCCUCAGUCGUGCCGCUAUGUGCUGACAAUUCACACCAGUCGCACCUGCCAGCAUCCAUUCCUGCGACCACCGUCCACUGCCAAGCCCCAGGGUAUCGUGUGCCAGCCAGCACUAAGUGCCCAACAGUACAUGGAUUACGUCAAGGCCCAAGUCUCGGACACAAAGCGAAAAGUAGAGCAGAUCUCAGAGGAGCUGAGGAGUCUUGAUGAGAUGUUGGCUGGUAAUGAAGGGGCAGAUGGAGCAGUGGAAGUAACAGCAGAAGAGAUAUCACCUGCACCCAGUGAUGACUCAGACAUCUCAGACAGAAAAGACACUACUGAUGUAUCCGAGGAUGCUGGGUCAGAAGAGGCAGAGGAGGAUUCUGAUUUCUGGGAGGGUGUAACGAAACCAGGGAGCUCAAAAACAACUGCUCCUCAACAGGAGGGUCAGGCAACAGAUGACGACUAUAACUCACUUACAGACAAUGAAGUCAUUGAUGAUGGUGAUGAAGUAGAAAAAUUCAACUUUAAAAUCAUCACUGACCCAGCGGACCUGAUGAAAUUUGUCCAGCACCUUAAAGAGAGUAACAGGAAGAAAGCACAAAACCAAGCCAAAAGUCAUGGAGAGAAACCAACAAGCGACGGGGAGACAGAGAAGCUUGGCCAGGAAGAGAAAUAUGAAGAUGAACGCCUGCUACAGGAGUUUGAGGAUGAAAUGGCCGACCUCUCUGUGCCGUCUGAUAAGAUUGAAGAAAUAAAAGAGGAGAUGCAGAAGGAGUUUGACAACAUCAUAAAUGAGGCCCAGCAGGAAUUGGAGACAGAGGGCCUGAAAGGAGAGUUUGAUCGCUCUCAAGCGACACAGACACUGGAGACGACACUGGACAAGCUACUCGACCAUCUGGAGGAGAAAGACGUCCAGGACCAAGAGCAGCAAAAAGCAGGAGUUCAAAGAGCCAGUGACCCGACCAGGGGCAGCCCCAGCCUGGCUCCAAAGCAGCCAGACCAAGCGGCUGACGACCAUGUUAAGAUCAAAAUUACUAAAUAUAAGACGGGCAGCAGCCCAGAUGGGGAGGUCAAAGUUCAGGAGAUGGGCGAAGGAGACCCCCAGUGGCAGCACAUAAAGGACGUGGUUAAAGAACAGCUAGAGAAAGCAGGACUGAAGGCCGAAGGUAAAAUUGAGGUGAAGAUCUUGACACGAAAGAAUGCAGAGGAGGCAGGUGAUCAGUGGCUGACAGAAGAAGAUACAAAGUCCUUCAGGGAGCUCCUCAUAAAUCUCCUGACCGGAGGCACAGAAGAAGUUUACAAGGAGCAGAAGAGGCAACAGGAGUUGGAAAACAACUAUAGGUUUGUGUGGGGAGAGUCCCAGGAGGAGUCCCAAUCAUCCAGCACCUCCGACUCAGAUGACGUGGACCUAUGAGCUUAUUCAGUACACUCAGUGCACCUUUUGUUGUGGUGAACUCCUGUGGAGACUGGCAGGGUGGGGGACUCAACUCACCUGUUUGCACAUUCAUAAAAUCUGUCCGUGUGUUUUGACUAGGCAAUAUGUGUCUUUAGUGGGCACCGUUUAUAUGUUGCACGAUGAAACAGCAACAUGUCAGCUGUGCUUGUGCGGCUAAAUGAAGUUAUGCAUUUUCCCCUUUUUGAUGGGAUUCAGUUUUGAUAGAUGGCUUGAAUAGCCGAGUGAUAUUGAAUAUCUACCUUUAUAGAAAUAUUUCAGUGAGUUUUACGGAAUACUUGCAGUUUAGUUCUGAAGUUGUCCGCAGCACACUGUGUCCAAUUACUACUGUCUUUGUCUUACAUGUUGCCAUUGACAAAGAAGUGACACAUCUUGGAGGGGAAGGGGUUAUGCAUGCCUCAACAGACUGAAUGGGUGUUUUCACAGGUUGAUUGUGUGUGAAAAUGAAAAACAAAGGACAAAUACUCAAGGGUUCAUGUUUCAGUUCCCACUGUCUUUCUGACACAAGGUGUUUGGUGGUAUCAGCAAACACAGAUGUAGAUUACAGAAGUGUUUGUAAACAUUCUGUGGCACUUUAUAUUUUUAGAAACUCUGGAUUUUAACAUUGCUUCUCCUCUUCGGUUUCCCUUGGGUUUGUCUUGUGCUAUUAAAGGGAUUCAAAAGAAAAACACUUAAAGGAGUGAAGAAAGAGAAAUCUUUUAAGUGUGUACUUUUGUUUCUGACAAGAACUUACCUAUAUUUAAUUUAGCAAAGGGGAACAAAGAGCGCUACACUGUCAAUCAUAUUCAGUCUAAUACAACACAAAUUAAUGAAUCCACACAAAACUUUUCUAAGGAUCCUUCAGAGGUGUACUUAAAAGGGCUGAAUUUGUACAGUUUGUGAAUAAUUGUGGCUACUUGGAAUUCAACGUGUACAUAAUUCUUGCGUGAAUAUGUUUUUGAAUUGAUUUGUUGUAUAUUAGCACAAACUUAAGUGGUACUUGAGCUGCCUGAAAAAAAAUAUAAAAAUUUGUCACAGUGCAAUCUUGAUAUAAUAUGAAACUGUGGGGCUGAGUCAUGCAUAAACUUUUUCAGACACAUAACUGAGGCAUUUGUUCCUGAAGAUGUCAGUGUGCUGUGGGUGUGUUUCUUUAAAUUUGUCUUUUCAAAAUAUAGAUGGUUCCCACCUUUUAAUGGCUGUCUGAUCUGGGGCCUGUGAUCACAAAGCAGGAUUAUCAAUUUAUCCAACUAUCUUUGGGCUUAACUCAGGUUUUCCAGUGUCAUCAAACUGGCUCAUUUUUAACCGCCUCUUUAAAAUGAGCUGGAUAGGAAACUCCAACUGAGCCUGUUGAUAAUCACAGUCAUUACACUGGUUAUCCAGGAUCACUGGUGCAACCAGUGAAGCCAGGUAACCCAAAGAGAGCCAGACUGUGUUUAAGCUCUAUCAUGCAGCCUGAAGGGGAAACACCUGUUUUAAGACAAGCACAGGUGUGCUGUAACACUUUGCAUCAGUCAUUCUGAUCUUUAUGUUUUAGCUGCACAAAUUACUGAUAAACCAUGACACCUUCCACUAGAGGCAGAAAAGACAAGAUUUGUUAAUUACUGUAUUCUUGAAUGGGGCUAUUUUACUUAAUUAGGAAUACCAUAUUGUCUUCAUAAUCUGGCAAAAGUCCAUUUGAGCUGCCUUGUAAAAAUAAGUCUUUGAGCACUCUGCUUUUUUUAAAAUAAAAAAAUACCAUAGGA